AUGGCGUACAGCCAGUUUCCUCCGCGGAGCACGUCCUGUGCUGCCCCAGCCGUUGGGGCCCUCCACUCCGGGCCACAGCCUCUUGGCGCCCCCCGGGCCGGGGCGGCCAGGCCGAGGAGUGUCGACGCGGUCCGGCUACGGGGCGGGGCCGGCGGGAGCUCCGGUCGCCGCUGCCGCUGCUGCCUCCGCCUGCCGCUCGGGCCGCCCGCUCGCCCGCCGCUGGGUGCGCUGCACGCGGGGGGCAGCCGCGGUGCAGAGGUUCAUGCAGCGGCGGCGGCGGCGGCGGCUGCUGCUGCUGCCGCCGCGGAGGCAGACAGACCGGGCGCUGCCGCCGCCGCCCUCCCCCGGCUCCAUGCCGCCGCCGCUGCCGCCUCCUCCUCUCCGGCGAGGGGCGGGGGGCUCCGGCCCGGGGUGGGCACCACUCCUCGCAGCGCCGCUCCCCUCCCUGCCCUCCGCCCGGGCGCUGGAGCCGGCGAGGGCACCCUUCGCCUCCUAGGAGUGCACCCUCCGCGCGCCCUGCCGGAGCGAGGGGGCGGGCGUGGGCGGGCGUCGGGGCAGCGGAGACCCCGCGCGGCUGCAAGAGGAGGGGGCUUCCCCAAGGAUGCCGGGCAGCUCCCGGUUCCUAGGUGCGAGCUGAGUCUGACCGGGAGCGAGCGGCGCGUCGCCAUGCCGGCGUGACGCGCCCCCGGCUGCCCGCGCGGGCCCCCGCGCUGCCCCACGCCGCGCCGUGCCGGCGCCGGGCUGCAGGAUGGGCUGUAUCCAAAGCAUCACCUGCAAAGCGCGGAUCCGGCGCGAGAACAUCGUGGUGUACGAUGUGUGCGCCACCAUCGACCAGUGCCCCACGCGCAUCGAGGAGACCUCGCCCAUCGUCCUGCGCUACAAGACCCCGUACUUCAAAGCCUCGGCCCGCGUGGUCAUGCCCCCCAUCCCCCGCCACGAGACCUGGGUGGUGGGCUGGAUUCAGGCGUGCAACCAGAUGGAGUUCUUCAACACCUACAGCGACCUGGGCAUGUCAAGCUGGGAACUGCCUGACUUGAGGGAAGGGAGAGUAAAAGCCAUCAGUGACUCAGAUGGGGUGAGCUACCCUUGGUACGGGAACACCACAGAAACUGUGACCCUGGUUGGCCCCACCAACAAGAUCUCCAGGUUCUCCGUCAGCAUGAAUGACAACUUCUACCCCAGUGUGACAUGGGCAGUGCCUGUGAGCGACAGCAAUGUGCCGCUGCUCACAAGAAUCAAGAGAGACCAAAGUUUCACGACCUGGCUGGUGGCCAUGAACACCACCACAAAGGAGAAGAUCAUUCUGCAGACCAUCAAGUGGAGGAUGAGGGUGGACAUUGAGGUGGACCCUCUUCAGCUCUUGGGGCAGCGGGCCCGGCUGGUGGGCAGGACUCAGCAGGAGCAGCCCCGGAUCCUGAGCCGGAUGGAACCCAUCCCCCCUAACGCACUAGUGAAACCCAAUGCCAAUGAUGCCCAGGUCCUCAUGUGGAGGCCCAAGCGGGGGCCACCUCUGGUUGUGAUCCCUCCUAAGUAGAAGCAGACUGGCCUGACUGUGUGUGGAUCACAUGCCUCUGAGACAUGCAGUGAGGGUGCCAGGGGUGGCAGGAGCCAAACUGAGUUUCUGAGCCAAAGCAGACCUCUCGGUUUGCCAGCCUUUGCAGCCACUUUUGAAGAGUAGGGCUGCUCCUUGGGUGGUAGAACCGUAAUCCUUAGGAAAAAUCCCUUCCUCUUAGGAAUAAAGAAAUCACUGAUUUGACAGACUUGCUGUGAUUACCAUGCAAGUAGCCAUAUUUUGGAGCUGACCAGGAUGAUUCUUUAUCUGAACUAUUGACCAUUUCUUUCCUGUGAGAUGCAGGGGAUGGAAACAAAAUUAAACAGUGCCUGUGGCAAAUGCUGCUUCCCAACCAAUAAGAAGUAGGAGUGAAAACAUCCACACCAGGUGGUCAUAAGGCAGACUCCUGCUGUCUGACUGGAGGGUGCUGGGGAAAAGGGUGGUGAAAGAAUGGGUGAUGGGGAGAGGAAAGAAUAAGGUUUUAUUACACAUUAAUACCUCUGCAUUUAUUACUUGAUCAUCAGAUCGACACACACUCACUGGAAUGAAUGAACACUUAGAAAACUAGACAAAUACUGAUAUUUGCUCCUUUCUGAGGGAGAAAGCCUCCUUGGAACUGUCCAAGGUGCUGAUGUGAACUAACAGAAACACUUCAUUAGUUCCAUCUACCCACCUCUUUCCAAAAAGAUUGCUUAUUCAGAGUAUUUUUAAUCACAGUAUUUGGCUUUUUCAUUCCUGUAUUCUGCAGUAGUUAGGAUAUUUGGGGCUCUGUCCAUGUUUUAGUGAAAUCCUAACUGUGAUUUUGUUUACAGCUGCUUAUUCUGUUCCCAUGAUUAGCCCUAAAUUUAUAUUUAAAAAAUUAUAAGCCAUGAAUCCAUGUAAGAUUUCAAGAACAUUUCAGCAAAUAAGAACAGUAUUUUCCUUCCUUCUUUUGAGUUUCUGAAUGAUCUGAACACAUAGAAUGGACACAUGUAUGCACAGACACAUGCACACAUGCACACAUGAAGGAUGCGUAUAGCAUAAUUACUAGCAUAUUUGCCACCAGUGCCUACGUAUCUACCUGUAGCCUUUGUAUGUACAUACACUGUAUGUUUAUAUAUAUAUUUAUUUUAGCUCUAUUUCACAGAAGCUCAAACUUGAGCAUUUGUGAGAAACUACUACUUAAGGCUUAACUUUAGAGCCCUUUAAAGAAAAUCUAAGCUACUCAUAUUAAAUAAGCUUGUAUUGCUAAGAUUUAACCAGUAAAGAUGAGAGGCCAGGUUUACUUUAAUCAGGCCAAUAUAAAACUUGUUUUUGAGGGUUUCCAGUCUUUGCAGUGAGGAUUUUUGCAGUUCUAGCUUGAAUCACCCUUCCUCCCCUCCCCCACUCCAAAAAAAGAACUUUUCCCUUUAUUCUCAGUAAUUCAACCAUAUAUAUGGUUGUAUAUAUAUUUGCUUGUUCACCACCCCCCUUCGUGCAAACUAAUUAUAAAAUUUUCACAUUGUCAUUGUAGAUUUAAUAAGUAAACACUGCUAACUUAAUUUCAGAGGGAGAAAGUUGAAGUUCAAGGCAGUUUUACAAUCUCGUGAUUGGCUCCAAAGAGCUGUCUUCUACUAGAGUUUGUGGAUAGAGAAUAAAAAGCAGGAGGGUUUAUUACUUUUAUAAAAAAUUCAAUUUAGUGUAAUUUAUUUCAGAUUCUAGUCCCAGGGGAUGGUACUUAUUUACGUAAGAGUGCUAACAGAUCUGCUCCAAAUUAUGUAGUGUUAACCUCACACCCCAACCAUCAACUAUUCUGUUAUAGAUUAGUUAUUGAUGGGAAGUUAUUUAUAACAGCACGUUAAUAAUACAUCAGUGGCUCACAGAGGACCUGGAGACAUUCAUUUAGAAAUAAUUCAGCUGUUACAUUUGAAAUUCUCUGUCCCUUCCCAUGUUUCCUUGUUUUAUUGGGAAAGGCAGCCCCCAAGAGCUCCAUGGCUAAAAUACAAAGCAGCUUAUUUUCCAUGCUGACACCACAGGCCGCAAUCUCUCCCCCAGACUGAAUUAGACUCUACCCCUGUGGGAUUCUGGGGAGUGGAUACUGAUCCUAGAAUCUAAUCCGUGUGGCCCAACUUGACGAAAACCUGAUAUUUUAAACUCCAAAGUUGUAACAACAGAUUAAUGAGAAUUUACAUUACAAAAUGCUAUAGAAGAGUUAUGUUUUCAAAUUCCCCUAGUGCAUUAAAAUACUAUAUGACUUACACAACUAUACUUACAAAUAACUUUUUCAGAAGCAUAUCUGUAUUUCUAAAGCAAGGUGUAGCAUAUUUAGCUAGACUUGUUUCCCGUGAAAAAUCACACUUUUUCAGAGUUUUAAAUGAACCCUACAGCAGUUUUCUGGGAAAUUGUGUAAUGACAAAAUGAAAAAAAAAUGGGAAAGUGCUUAUGAAAGUUAAAAGCAUCAUAUACAUUGUGAUUAUUGUUAUUGAUACCAUUGUGAACUCUACAGUUGUGUCUCUCAGCUCUGAAGUCAGCCUGGCAGAACGCUCUACUGCCCUGUGGCCAAUUAUUUUCAAGUUACUGUUGUUUUACAAGGAAAUGACCCCUUUUCUUCCUGUGAUUUGUAGGUCAUUAUCUUUCAGCUUAGUCAGGAUAUUGCCAAAUGAAAGUCUGUCAUACAAGAGAGAAUUAACCUUGAAAUCUCUGUUGAGGUCACCUCUGCCCUCCCAUCCAGUCCUCCUUCCCCUCAAAGUGCCUGGGCCUGACGCCAGAUGCCAUCAGUUUAAAGGGGCUCAUUUAGUGCCUUAAGUUUUAGUUGGGUGGUCUCAGGACUUAGACACACACAACACAUGGCUUCUUGGUGGCAAAAGAGUUUUGAAUUCCAUAGGAAAAAGCAUUUCAUCAGGUCUUAAGUUUCCUUAAUCAAGUCCUUUGAGAUCUUUUAGUCCAUGAUCUUGAAGGAAAUUGAGGCCUCAUUAAAUUAGGUCAUCUAUUCAGAAUCGUAUACCUAGCCAGCUGAAGAGCCAAAAGAAGGCCCCAUCUCCCAAAUUUCAUCUGACAACAUAGUCACACUUAGCGAGGACCCACAGCCUCUUGUCUGCAACCAAAACAUUAUCAUCAUCCCUAAUCCAUUCACCCACAAAUCAAUGAAUCUAAAAACUAGAGACAAUUGGAUCCAUCCUUUAAAGAACAAGAGAAAAUCCCUGUUACUAUUAUGUAAAAGAAAAUUUGAAUGUUCCAGAUUCCCUUUAUCUGUGAUGGCUGUUUUGAGGUUGAACCCUUAAUCUGGGCCCUUCACUGCAUGCACUUGACAUUCCUGGGUCAUUGCUGUAGCCCACAUACCUAGCCAGAAGAAGAGCCAAGCACAUCUCCUGAAUCUCAUCUCACAUGAGAUGGGGGCACAUGAGAAGGUUGGAGGCUAGUCCCCUACCCACCUCCUAUUCCAUGGACCUUUUUGCAACUCCCUCUCUCCUGGUGCUGGAAUGACAUCUCGUAGGUCAGAAUCAUGUACUAAGCAGCAAUUCUGAUCAGUAAAAUAAAAGAACUAUGAUUUAUAGAGUGUUUUUACAGAAGUCUUCCACAUGCAUUUUCUCAUCCCCAGUCUUAUGAGUGUAAUACUCUUAAGGAGUAUUAUUAUCCCCAUUUUCAGAUAAUAAAUUGAGACCAAAGAGGUUAAGUGACAUAUCCAUGAGUACACAAACAAAAUGUCAGGAGCCAGGAUUCAAAUGGGGCCUUUUGGCUCCAACUUCCAUGCCCUUCCAUUAUCCUUUUCUGCUUCUCCUGUUCAUCCCUGCCUAGAGGGCACAAAAGAAAAGGAAGGAAAGGAGAAAGCUGGUCACUUUCAUCUACACAGUCAUGUAGUCUCUCCCAAUCUAUUAAAUGGAUAUGCUAAACAUACAAGAACAAACACUGCUUUCUUUUGUAAAGAAACCCUUUGGGAGGUUAUCCCAGAAAAUAAUGCCUGACAGGGGCUGCAGUGUGGGUGAGCUAGCUGUCACUCAGCAGCUCUUAGCAGAGUACUGGUAAUUGGAGUAGGAAAUCUGCUCUCCUGGUCUCAGAAUCCCUUAAGCACCACAAGGCCAAAAAGGGGAAGGAAAGCAUGCAUCCUGCAACUGAGGUCCCAGCUGAACAAGGCCCUGCCACCCGCCGUCCCUCAACAUGGCAGGAGCAGCCUUUGGGGUGUGAGCAGUGGAAACAAUGGCUUUCCAAGCCCUGGUUGGCACAUUGAACAUGCUUGUUAGAACUGAGGGCACAAUUAAACAUUGCAAGAGCCAGCUCCCAACUGAGUUGCAAAGAAAGAUGUAAACACACACACACACAGACCCACCACACUCACAUACUCUUCAAACUGAAAAGAAAAUUAAUCAAAAACCCAAUGAAUGCCUGAACUCUAUAAUUAAGCCUAAAUGAUCUUUAGAUAGAAAGGGAGCUGAGUGAGCAAGCUCUGUGCACACAGAUAUUUUUACCCCAGAGUCUUACUGCCAUUAAUUUCUUUUGAGAUCUUGAGUACAUCUGGUUCCAGCUUCCCUGGUAGGACAUCUGCCUAUGGAAGACCAUCAGAAGAGUUGCCAGUUCAGUGGCCAGAGGACAGUCAAGGUUAUUUGGUCAUUCCAAACACUUUCACAGGAAGGCAUCUGGGGAGAUGGAGUGUCAUCCCCAUCCCCCACCCAGGUCAGCGGUGCACCUGCCCAUGACAGAGCCCAUCACCAACCUUAGGGUCCUAAAAUUCCCUUUAUGUAUAAGUGCUUUACGGUUUUUUAUAAAGAGUUUUUCAUUUCCUUUGUGUAAAAUGAAAGGCAUCUCUGUUCUAGAUGGGAAGUCUUAGUAUUGGCCUGAUCUGUCAUUGUUAUUAAUGGUAACAACACUCCCAUCUGAUUAAUAUGUUACAGUUUACAUAGUACAGACACAAAUAUUUUGCCACUUUAUCCUCAACAAUCCUGUAAUAUUUUGGCAUUAUGUCACCACUUUAUAAUGAAAAAUUUGAAGCAGAAAGCUCAAGUGACUUGUCCAAGGUCGCACUAAUUUAGUGGUGCCCUAAGAACUUGAGCCCUCUACACACAGAUAUUUUUACCCCAGACCUUUACUCCAUUCUCACAGAACAUUCUCUCCCUGGUUAAAUGCAGGCACCCUCCUCCACUUGUCCAGCCACUACUGUUCCUCAGGCAGGGCUGACUAGGAAAGAGUUCCCUAAUUGAUCUCUUGUACUUUAACCAGACAGAAUAAGCUCUACUGAGGAGUCAGGAUUCAGGUGGCCCAGGCUGUGCCUUCAAGUGGUUUCUCUCCUAUCCCACAUUAGAAGGGAGGCCUACUUGGGUGCUCUGAGGUGCUCCGAGGUAGGAGGCCAGAACCUGGGACAUCAGCAUGACUUGAGAUCUUGGAGGUCCUGCUGGUAGCUGAACUUGAACAAAUCAUUUAACUUUUCUGAGCCUUGGCUUCCUUCUCUGUUAACUGAGAUAUUAAUACAGCCCACCCAACAUCACAAUGAGAAAGACAAAGUGGGACAAUGUCUGAAAAUACUCUAAAUUGCCUGAUGUGCUGCCUCAUGUAAGAUACUAAGACUUGAGUAGAAACACAGGGCCUGAAACUGAUGGCAGGCCCUCUAGCCUCAUCUACUUGGAAGCCCAAAACCAUCUCAGGAGAACCCGCUCUUCCUGCCAAGUGAGGCCUGGCCCCUGCGGAGAGUGGGCCCCGUUUCCCCCAGCCACCUUGCUUGUUCAGGGAGGCCUGAACCCUGGUGGUCAAGGAAAGAAAGAUUUUUGCAUAGCACUCCAGGAAGCAGCUCUAGAAAGAAUGUGUAGCUGGAACUCCAAGAGGCCUUUUGGAAAGGAAAGGACGCUGGAAUGUCAAAUCUAGGCCAGACUUGAAAUCCCAGCCCAAUUUGCAUAGUUUAAACCUAGAGAAGCCAGCCAGGAACAGCUGCAUUCUUCCGGUUAUGGGCUCAGACAAGAGAUAGAGGAAAAUAUAUGUAUAUAUUCAAAGUUUUAUGUGGGUCUCUACACAGUUUUUGAUGUCCCAGAUCUUGGCUGGGCCCCCACAGUUUAACGGUGUUAUUUCACAUUUGGCCAUGUGGGUGCAAAUAAAAUGAAGAAAUACUUCUUUGUAUCCUAUAGCCCCCAGGCUAUCUCACCACACUGGAGGCAUAUAUGAUGAUGGCCUCUGUCUCUCUGCACCUGCCCAAGGCAGCCCCAUUCCCCAUGGCCCCACAUGGACCAGCCACACUGUUUGCCUCAGGGCUGCUUCCCAAGGGCUCCCCGUCCUAAUACCUCACACUGUGCCUCUCCCAGCUGGGCCUAGGAAUGGCCCCUAAGAGAACCUAACCAACUCUUCUUCCCAGGACGAAUGUGAAGCCAGGCCUCUGGGCAGCAGGCCAUGUGGCCAAGCAUAGGAGCCCCUCCUCUGCCUCCAGGCCCACAUUUGUCCUUGGCUAACCCAGAAAACGAGUUGAUCUUCAAAACAGCUGAGUGCUGGGUCAGAAAUGCCCGGGAGAAGGGAAAACAUAUUAGAAUUACAGCAAUGAUGGGAGAGGCCAGAGACACAGAGCACAACCCAGUGCCACACAGACCUCACUGGGGACUGAGAAAUACAGCCAGUGCCAUGAAGUAUUUGGAUAGUGAGAUCGCUGAGCCUAGGGCUGUUCUCAGGCUGACUGAAGGCCAGUAUUACUAGGAACAGAGAGGAAAUAUAAAGGAGGAGAGAUUGUUUGCUUCAUGCCAGUCCUGGGACUGGGUGAGCCAAGCAGGCACUAGGAUCCAGGAUAUUUUUAUUAUUAUUUUUUCACAGAGCUGGAGUCUUGCUAUAUUGCCUAGGCUGGUCUCAUAAGAUCCUGUAUUUAAGAAGGCACUCACUCUCAGGCCGUGCCCAGGCCUGAGAGUAAGACCCUUCCUAAAUACUGGAUCCUGCACUCACCUGCCCCUGUGCAAGCAAGCCUCAUUCAGUGUUUACCCUAGGCACCUGGCUUACCUCCCCCAGUCCCAGCCCUGCUUCAUGCCCACCUCCAACUCAUUGCUCUCUUCACAAGAAGAUCGAGCAGGAAGGAUGUUGUGGGAUCCCUCUGAAUACUUGUUCUGUCAACAAGUCUGUAGUGAGUGUCUCCUAUGUGUCAGGCUAAACAGAGUCCUGUCCUCAGGGAGACAAUGCCAACAGGAAGCUUUGGGAGCCACUUAUUUUCCCCCUUGGGCUCACCCAUCAGAGGGGAGCCCAGAACCUACAGAAAUGCCUGCUUAGUUCUCUCUAUCCAGUGCAUCAGCCAGUGUGCCUGUGAGGAGAUGUUGCCUUCCUGGCCCAGGGGCUCCAUGAGGAUAGGUGAGGUUGACAGGGCAGGACUUCUGUCGAGCACUUAGAGCUCUUCCAAGGAAAUGCCCUGGGAAAAACCUACAGCCACAUCAGUACGUGCACAGACACUGGGGAUGAAAGGAACAGCUGGUUAUCUCUCCAUCUGCUCUUGUCCCUUCACCCCACCCUUCAAACCAAUUAGAAUAUUCCACACAGACGUGAUCCAGUGAAAUGUUAAUUGGAAAAAUAACAGGAAAGAUAAUACAUGCACUUCAGGCUGAGAACUAUUUCAUUAAACUCGGCUUUGAAAGCAAGACAGCCAAUUAAAUUAUUUCCCACUUCACUCCCUCACGUACCAGAAACUAUGGAAAGCUAUUACUUCUAAUUAAUUAGGAAAGAAAGAAAGACUCUGCACAUGCAUAUCAGAUGAGCAGGGACUGAGAGGCUGCCCCACCCAUCUCUUUGAGAAGGCACACGAACAUGCAUCAGGGAACUAAAGACUCAUCUGUCUCACCUAAAAAAUUUCCUAAGUCUUCUGAAAUAGCAAGAAAGCAUCUGUUCCCAGGAGCCACUCACAAAAUCAAACAAAGGAAAACGCCGCCUUCAGGCACGUUCAUCAGAAGGGAAAUAGGGCAUUUAUUGUGAAAGAAUAAGCAGCUUUAAACUCAGUUGGAUUCCAAAGCUUCUGCAGCUUGACCUGAUCCUGUCUUUUUCUCUUCAGUAGAAUUAGAUCUCUCCAAGCCCCCUCUCUGUAUCAAACACAGUGUUCACUGGCGCAGGGUGGUGUCAGGGACCAGGAGACCUGAGACCCCGAGGCCUGAUUUUGGCUUGAUGGUGGUCUGAUGCAGGCCAUCUUUGAGAUCUUCGCUUUUCCGUCUGUGAAAUGGGAAGAAGGCCAAUCUCAGUGCCAUAUUCACCCUCAAAGUUUUUAGGCUUGUGAGAGCACAUUUGACAGAGAGCCCUGAGCCUCUGUGCCUUGCCUUAGAGAAAACUGAUAGAAUCCAAACAUGCAUUUAAAAUAUUUUCUGCAGAAAAAUUAUCCUAACCCAGAGACACCCUUAUUGUAUAAUAAGUAUAACCGAAAUAAUAUAGUGAAAUAAUGAUGAUAUAAAGCAGUCAUUGUGUUGAUGUGACUGGCACACAGGCAUCUCUCCAGUAUGGUUCAGGAGAAAUAGGCAGACUCAGGGUGUCUCAAGGCCUCUGCACACGUGCAGCCACAUUGUGCCUUACUCAUUCCCCUCUGUUCCUGUUGUGUCUGUCAUUCUGUGUCACACAAGGUAUUGAGGGCUGUCAAAGCCUAGCACAGUCAGUGCCUCUGACCAAUUCUAACCAAUCUCAUUGCAGGAAGGGGAAGUGGCACCAAAGAGCAUGGCAGCUGUUCCACAGCACAGGGAAUACAGAGGAACACUUUCUAGAAUGUCUUCUAGGCUAUUAAGUCCCCAGUUAUAUAUGUAAUGGCAUUGUCUUCUAGGCUGUUAAGUCCCCAAUUAUAUAUGUAAUGGCGUUGUCUACUGACUCCAAACAAUUGGAACAAGUUUUUUUUGCCAUCUACAUAAGAAUUUGAAAUUUGGUUUUUUCCUAAAAUUGAAACCAUGCAUACAAUCUGAAAAGGCAACAUGUUAAUUUAUAAUCAUAAAAAACUGUCUCAUUGUAGCAGUACAUCCCUGUAAGCAAACUGAGCAUAUCAAAAAUUCAGAUACCAAACAGAAGAAUGAUCAAGAAAAAAAGAGAAGGAUGCCUGAUGCUUGGCUUUACGCUAGAGCAACUCUCUUCAUAUAUUCAAGACUUGUUUUUUCUAAUUUUACAACUUUAGUUCACCCACUUUGUUAUGACCACAACUAUUACAUGACAACUUCGGGUUGAAUAACUGAAUAACUUCAGUUUUCUCUAAUGUUGCAUAUUCAAGAAGUAAGUUUUAUCUCUUACUUAUCUCUUUACCAGUGAUUUGGACUCUGGAAUAAAACUAAGUUUUAGCUCAGUCAUGGUGUGACCCCUUUGCACAGGAAUAUUGGGUAAGCUACAGCUCUGGUCACUCAAAGAUUCUUGCAAGUCCCUUUGUGCUUUGGAUGCUAAAAAACAAUGCCAUGGGGGAUCUCAACUUCCCCCCCAUUUCCGUGGAUUGCUUAGCAGUGCCUUGCUAACAGGUUAUACAUAUAAAUGACCUGUAAUCCUUUAAUAUUAUUUUAUUUUUAAUCUUUUUAAAAUAACCAUAUGAAAGUUAUAGAUUCUCUUUAUAGAGAAGUGCAUAUGAAAAUAAAUAACAAAAAUGUUGCAUAAAAUUUCAGGGUCAUCUCCCCUUGAAAUCUAUUAAUGGAGCCCAGAUCAUGACCAUCUGCUUUUAGGGAAUUAAUUUGAUCACUGUCUUAACGCCCACUUUAUUUACAUGUUUCCGUGUCCACAUACAGGUCUCCUAGUAGGACAAGGAAAGCCCAGCAAGCACAACCACAUGGCAGAGACUGAGAAGGAGGAAGUGAGCAAUGGCUGGCGGCUCCAGAAGCUGAAUCCCUGGACAGCUGAUUUCCCAUUAAAACGUGUACCAUCCUGCCUACCUCCUCCGCCUUCCUCCCAUCCCAUGACCAGUCCCUCCUACCCACCCUCCACAAGCCAUGCGGCACUUGCCCUGGGCUGACUGGGCUGCCUGCUUGGCCCACGGGGAGCUGUGUUGAAGUGGGAGUUGUGCCUGCUGUAUCUUUUUGUGUGUGGAAAGAUGGGGUUCAUUCAGAUCCCAAGUCCUUUCACCAACCCUCAAAGCGAAGCCUCCCGGGGAUGAAGAGCUGGUCAGCCUGGGACUUUAAAUACCUAACGUGGCCCAGCCUUGGUUCCCAAACCCUGCCUUCCCUCCUUUUGCUUUUGGGUGGGAAACGGGGGAUUUGUAUCUCCCUUCCUCCUCCUCCUCCAUGUGGGUGACCUCCCUAGGUUUCUCUAAGUUCUCUGACCCUCGGAGAGCCAGGGCCAAGGCAGUCAUCUUGUUCCCCCUUCCACGGCCAGGCUGGGUGCCUUCAGGUGACCAGGGGCAGAGUGUAAGUCACUAGGAUCAGUGGGGUGAGGGGAAAACCACCUUAAGAGGGCAAAAAUGGUGUGCAUUGGUUUAUUUAUUGGUUUAUUUAUUGGCUUGCUUACUAAUGUAUUUAUUUAUAUUUAUUAUACAACACAAAAUCCAUUUCCAUUUUUUAAACAUCAGCCCCAGAAUUUGUCUUCCUGGGCCCAUAGAGCACAGUGAAUUAUUUCUCUUUGAAGCUUCAGAAUAGAGAGGGAAAUUUUUCUCCCUACGCCCAAACACCUCCACCUCAGCCACGUUUUCAACCAGACAUGGGAUUAGAAAUCACCAGCUAACAAGGCUGUAAGGUCACACAAAUCAGCAGAGGCUUGACUGUCCAGACAGCUCUCAGAAUCCGGCCUCCACCCCAACCACCUUGCACCAAUCCUCUCAUUCUCCUUUACUCGGGUGGGGAUUGACCAGCCACCUUCAGCCUAACAGUGCAGAACAAAACUUCUUAUUCUGCUCUGAUGUAGUAUUCUAACAUCAGAUGCACAUUAGCAUCAUCUAAGGGCUUAAAAAAUAUCCAGGCCUGGUCCCCUGCCCAAACCAAUUACAGCAUCGAAGGGUAGAUCCUGGGCAUUGGAGUUUUGUAAGUUACCCAGAUGACUCUAAUGUGAAAAUAGGGUUGGAAAGUUCUAGUAUCACCUCUCCCUUGCCCCUCCCCACCCAGAUUCUUUCAUCUUUACUUCCCAGGCUUUCUCCGGAGUCCUCUUCCCGUUCCUCCAGCCCCUUCUCACUGAACCUUCCCCCCAUCAGCGCAGCAAACGAUAGCAGAUCCCUGGAGAGGGGGCAGGUCCCAUGAGUGGUACUGUGAGGCUGGUUCCUGCAUCUAGCCUGGGGGCUGCUUCCAAACAGUUUCCAGCUUUUCUCGGAGCAGAAACCUAUCCCCUGCAAGAUUCUCUGUUCACCGGCACCUUCUCCAGGUUCCCAAACUCCAAAAGUUUAAAGGGCACUUUGGCGACAUUUCUGUCUCCAAGCCCCAAUCUUGGUGGUGUGGCCCAUGUACGUCUUAAAACCCAAGCCUUGGCCAUUUCUGCAGAGCCAACUGAGUUGAAUGAGGGUCUACUGUUAACAGAGAAAGGGGUCACAGUGCUCCCCCAGCAAGUCCGUUUUCCAGCAACCAACCUUCUCAGCUGUCUAGGAUUUGGAUGCACAACGCAGCAGCCAUUGUGCGUUCAAGUCCUAGAUGACUGAGAAGAGGCAUCUCACCCUUCACAUCUACAAGAUCUCCGCUGCUGAGUAUGAGUAAAUGUGUGUGUGUGUGUCUACACGUACGUGUGCACACACUGUCUGCAUACAAACCAUCUAGAUAUAUAGAGAUGCCAGACUUCACUUUACAUGUGAUUACAUUUUACAUGAAAACAAUUGAGGGCUUCCGUUGUCUUUCACUUGAUGGAGUUUCACUGUACUAUGUUCAUGACGGGCCCCAGUGAAUUCCAUUUCAGGUAUAUACACAGAAUGUAUAAUAUAUACAAACUGUUAGACACACUACACACACACAGAAAGCCUAGGGAAACUUGUGAUGUGGGUAAGUUCAUUUCGCCAUCCCAUCUCCUCCAUCUAAGUAAUUUCCUGGGGCAAGCAUUGUUUCACACGCUCCCCUCAGCUGCCCAGCCAUUCCCUCUCCAGCGUCCCAUACCACCAAGCCGCCUUUCCCCAUCGCUCCAAAUGUCCCUGCCCUCUGUCCCAUCUCUCAGGGUCCUACUCUCUGAUAGGUGACAGUUCAGUCAGUGGGUGCUAAAGAGUUGAGUGUUACCCUUCCCAGGUGACAUUUAUGUUUUAAUAGGGGCUACAGAUAAUGCCUUAAUCAGAAAGAGUGGCUGUAAUGGUGGGAAUUUCAGGCACAGAAGUGGGCCAGUAAGGGAGAUUCUUUUAUAUCAGGAGGGCAUUUUAGAGCCCCCAAGUCAUACCUGUCUGUAAGCGCAGCCCUUCGUAAGUGCAUGAGCACAAGCAAGCACACUAUCUAUGUUAUACCCUCCAUAAUUUUGAGAUACCUUCCUUGCAUUGGCCCUAUCUUUAAAAAUGAAAAAAGAAAAUUUUUUUUUUAAAAAACCAGGGAACUAGCUAAAUUAAUUUAGAUCUCACUGGGAAACGUAGCCUAUUUUUUCACCGGCUGCCAGCCAUCUGGCCCACCCCACCCUGUUCAAUUUCCCUUCUGCUCUUUCUCUUUUCAGCUACGACCGACUGUAUCAGUUAAUUUACUUGUACGUGUCCUCCCUGCUCUCUCCUUACCCUGCUCCCCUACACCAUGUAUUUCCUUCCUUUACCGUUUCCUCCUUGGAACUGUGCUGUGUUUCGUUGUCCUGGAGGACAGAAGAGCAGGUUAAGGCAUGAGCAUGUGUGUAUCACUUUGAAGAAAGAGAAACCAGGUAUUCUGCUACAGUUUGGAGAAAAACCCAGCGAAGGAAGAGAUGAAAGCUGGCUCUGCAGAGUGCCUUAAAAAUGACUUUAAUUAGGAAAUUCUGAGUUGUCGGUCUUCAGAUGUUACAUAAACUCAAACAGAUGUUGCAUUUCACUUCUCUGGGAUUAAAAAAAAGUUAAAUACAGUGUGUAUUCAACAACAACAACAAAAUA